GAAAUCAGGCCAUUGAAAAUAUCCUGACAAGUCUUAGAGGGGUUUUAGGCAGGAACUCUAGUUUCCUGUGUGAACAUGGACAACAUCUGAGGAAGGCAGUGUGGAGUUUCCCCUUUCCUAAAGGAAAGAGGGGAAACACGGCGUGCACACACCCAGUGUUACUUUCCCAUCUGGCACUGAGUAGAGACCUUGAACCCCGUGUGAACAUAAGUAGGACUCCACAGACCUACUAGGCCCUGAGGGACAGUAGUUACAUCAGCACAGUCCUGCGGCAGACCUGAGGAAAGAGCUUCAUCAUCCAAACUGAGAAAUGUCCAGAUUAACACAGAGGGCUGCUGUGUCUCCGGAACUCCUUCCCCUUCCCCUCUGCCACGGUGGAUGUGACAAGAUCAGCUGGCUUCCAGAAGGCAAAAUAUUCAGUAACGUUCAAAGAGAAAAGAUCAUCUCCAAGUUUCUUAAAGAAAGCAUUCUAAAGAGAGUGUUCCGUUCAAAGCAGAUGAGGUGGGAGGGUCCCGAUGACCAGGAGGACGAUCCAGGCUGCAGCUUUCCCAGCCCCAGAAAGAAGGCCGGGCCGCAGGCCGCGCACGCGGAGGGGCCCGGGCCUCGGGGCGGCGGAGCCCUAGGAGACGACGACGGGGACGACACGUGGGCCUGCGGCGCCGCGGGGUUCCCUAAUGCUGCUCCCGUAAACAGUGGUGCGCUUAGAGGGCGUGCGAGUUUGGUGUGGAAAGCAGUGUUGGGUCCCGUGGGCCUUCCCCUGUCUCUGAAACCCGCCCGCGGUGCCUGCGCUGCCUGUGGAAGGAUUUUAAGGAAACAGAGGAGCAAAAUGGGGAGAAGAAAUGGUGAGACCUGCGGUGCCAGCCUGCGUGUGUCCAGCGUCUCUCAAGAGAACUUAUCUUACUGGCAUUUGGAUUCAGAAGUACCUGCUCCUGCGAAUAGAAACCUGCCACCUGGAAGGGACAGCCCAGCAGGUGGCAAAAUUAACAAGAAGCAUUUGGAAAUUCCAGUAGAGCAACUGAUGCUAGAUCUGAAUUUGUCAGAGCACACUCACCAAAGAACUCAGAGUGGUAGACAAGGAACUUUUCAGUUAUGGAGUUACCCUCUUAAGGAAGGCAGCACUGUGGAGAACAGGGAUUUCAAAAACUCUUCAGUGGAAACUGGCUCUGAUAUACCCAGUAAUCCCACAAGCCUCUUCACUCUGAACCACUCACUAGCAAGUGCUUCAGCUGAUAAGCAAGUUGGUUCUUACCCUGGACUGCAGAUGCCGUUAGGUCUCUGCUGGCCGUAUGCUGACGGAGACUUUUUUAAGGACAGAAAUGAGCCUCCUGUUAAUUUAUGUUCAACUAUAGAAAACAACAAUGGUGAAACUUUAUCUGCUCCAAAUUGGAAUUUAAAAUACGGAAACAGCAGUGUGGAAGAAAAUUUAACAGAUGAAAGUGAUUUGUCAGAAAGUGAAAAAGCAAAUGAUACUUUACUUAGCUAUUUUAAAAAGAUGGACCUGAACUUAAAGCCAGAAACAAUAGAAAAUGUUGAAGAAUCUUUCACAGAGGAACCGAGUGAAGUAUUUCCAUAUCCUGAUUUUCUCCCUCCUCCUUUCAGUACUCUGGACUUGCACAAAUUAGCGCUCUCAAAAUCUGAAAAUUGGAAAGCAACAGUGGAGCCUCCAGAAAGCUCUAUUGAACAUUUGAUAACUCGUUUACUGGAAAUGGAAAGAUUACAACAUAUGACUAUACAAAGAGAGAGGCCAAGACUACAAACGGCCUCCUGUACUCCAGCAGUUACUGAACGACCCUCUUCCUCUAAAGCUAUACCCAAAAUGAGACAGCCAAAACUUGCUGACUCUCUGAGUCUUCAGACAACUUGUGUAGAUAAAAGUCAAGAAAAAAGAAAAAACAAUGCUGGUUCUUGUAAGCUUGAACAAAAUGCUUCAAAAUGGAAUUGCAGCAAUGCUGGCAAAUAUAAAUGGAAUUCUAGAUCACCGUCUCUAAAAAGUUCAACCACCACAAAACAAUUGAUUGCAACUUAUGAUGACUUUAAGAAUCCCAAAAUCUCCAUUUUAAAUCCAUGCCAAGAACUCUCCACCAAGCCUACUACUACCCAAACAACUCAAUUACUGGUUAAAAUGGUCUCAACAAGAUGUCUGCCACCUAAGUCUCCAAUACCAAUUUCACCUAUUCCUCUGUCUUUUCCUGAAAAUCAGAGGGAAGAAAUUAAGGUACCAAGGACCAAAAAGAAACUUUACCAAAAAAACAUAGUAUUGAACAGACCAUUCUACAUUCAGAAGCUAAACUGUUUAUCAUCUUCGUUUAUGGCUAAGGGUAAGUGCUCACUCAUUGAUCAAAAAUAACUGUUCUUUCAAUGUGAGCAAAUCUAGUCCAAGAAGCCCGGCUGAAAUACGCUUCAUCAUUCCAAGAUACAGAUAUUAAACACACACACACACACACACACAGUCUUCGAUGUGAUAUGGAAUAGGGCUUGUGACAGUCUCUGCUGAGACGUGUAAUACAAAUCCAGGGCUUCCAUACUAACAUAUUUGAGAAUCUUUUGCAUGUUAUGUUUCAAAGAAAUGUUUUACUUAGUAAACUAGUCUAUUCCAAA